GCAACGCUGCAACAGCAAAUCAGCUGUUGCAAAAAAAUCUCGUAGCCGACAUUUUACUUUUUCGUUCGGCAUUUUGCUUUUUGCAUUUUACGGCGAUUUAUUGCUAAUACGAAUAUUAGCAGAAAGAAAAGGCAAAGAUGAGCGCACAGCCAAGCCCUUGCAUGAAUCCACAACAACAGCCUACAGAGCAAGAAAAGGUUUAUCAAUGGAUCAUUGAGCUGGCUCAUCCGGAUACCCGUGAAACGGCACUGUUGGAGCUUAGCAAAAAACGAGAAACGGAUUUGGCACCGAUGCUUUGGAAUAGUUUUGGCACCGCAUGUGCUUUACUGCAGGAGAUCAUAAAUAUAUAUCCAUCGAUAGCUCCGCCCACAUUGACAGCCCAUCAAUCGAAUCGCGUUUGCAAUGCUUUAGCAUUGCUGCAAUGCGUCGCCUCGCAUCCGGAAACACGCACCGCUUUCCUUCAAGCACAAAUCCCACUUUAUUUGUAUCCAUUUCUAUCGACCGUAUCGAAAACGCGACCAUUUGAAUACUUGCGUUUGACGAGCUUGGGCGUUAUUGGUGCCCUGGUCAAGACUGAUGAACAGGAGGUAAUUACAUUUCUGUUAACCACUGAGAUUGUGCCGCUAUGUCUCACAAUCAUGGACAGCGGCUCGGAGCUAAGCAAAACUGUGGCCACAUUUAUAAUACAGAAAAUAUUGCUGGAUGAAUCGGGAUUGUCAUAUAUCUGUCAGACCUAUGAACGUUUCUCACACGUAGCCAUAACAUUGGGCAAGAUGGUUAUACAGCUGUCGAAGGAGCCAUGUGCGCGCCUUUUAAAGCACGUCGUACGCUGUUAUUUACGACUCUCUGACAAUACACGCGCUCGCAAGGCCUUGGGACAGUGCCUGCCAGAUCAGUUGCGCGACGGCACUUUUACACAAUGUUUGCAAGAUGAUAAAUCCACCAAACAAUGGCUGCAGAUGCUCAUUAAAAAUUUGGAACCAAAUGCGGUACAGCCACCUGGAGCAGAUCCUCGACAAAUUGGCAUGUCACCAUCGGGCAGCUAAAACAGCAGCCUCUAAACAAAUAGCAAUAGCAACAGUAGCCGCAGCAGCAGGAGCAGCCUCCUAAUUUGUUAGUUAAGCAACCUUAAUUUUGUUAGCUUGUAAGAAACCUUGUUGAAUAUGGAUAUGGCCCAUGCAUUUAGCUGCGUUAACAAAACUAUAUGCAUAUAUAUAAUAUAUAUAUAUAUAUACAUGUACUAGC